AUGAAAGAUGUCCACCUCGUUCUUAAAGGGAUUCAAGGAGAAUGCGAUGGCAAGGUCUACCUUGAUGCCAAGUACACCCUCAAUGGCAGCAGAGUCUUGGCUGGAAACAAGCGGCCCAGUGGUGGUAGACGCCCCCUCAUGCGGUCGAUCUGCACCAAGCCAGGAUGGGAGGAGGAGUAG